GGAGUCCUCUCAUUGUAAAUCACACUGCCAUAUUUAGUCUGUUGGAGGGAAGGCUUCCAAGUUAUGUAAACAAAGAAAGUUCACAAGGAGAGAUGUUCCAGUGCUAUGAUGGCUAGGUCCAUUAAUGCGCCUGUGAUCUCUGAAGCAAGGCUGGGUUUCUCAGAUCUAGUGAAGGGUAAGAGAUGCAGACCCACGCUCUGUGGUUAGCAAGUUGAGAAAGCAGUGUGACUGAUGACCAAUGCCACAACCAGACUCUUGUUUUGUCAAAGGCAGGCAGUUGUGAAGAAAAACAGGAACUCUGCUGUCAUGAGCGACAUGAUGGUCUUAGAGAGUUCUGAAGAGGAGAGACCUCAGAGGCCUUCUUAUCUCAAGCUGAUACCAAAGGGAAUCUCUCCCACCGGCUCACCCAAAAUGUCUCCUCGUGAUUCUCCUCGGAGUUCUCCCCGCAAUUCCCCUUUGCUUUUCCGGAGGCUGAUGAUGAACCGCAGCAUUGCUUUGCAAAGGCGCUUUACUCUGGCUCACACUCCCAGAGGGACCCAUAGGAGAUUCAGCAUUAAAGAUGAAGGACGGAAGCAGAAACGAAGUGGAAGUGACAGCCUCUGCCCCGAGCACAGUUUUGAUGUCGAGAAUGGGCUGUCUGUGGGCCGCAGUCCUCUGGAAUCGCAGGCCAGUCCAGGCUCUGGCCUUGUGCGGCAUGCCAAUUUCCCUCACAGUCAGCGGCGGGAGUCCUUCUUGUAUCGCUCCGAUUCUGACUUUGACCUCUCACCCAAGGCCAUGUCCCGAAACUCAUCCAUGGCCAGCGAGCUACAUGGAGAAGACAUGAUAGUUACACCAUUUGCACAGGUCCUUGCCAGCUUGAGGACAGUGCGGGGCAACUUUGCCAUUUUGACCAAUCAGCAAGACCGUGUGCCGAGCAAGAGGUCCUCUGGAAACAACCCACCAUCCAUGUGCAAGACAAGCCAACCAGAGGAGCCCUUUCAGAAGUUGCCGGUGGAGACACUGGACGAGUUGGACUGGUGUCUCGAGCAGCUAGAGACUCUGAAGACACGCCACUCAGUCAGCGAGAUGGCAUCUAACAAGUUCAAAAGAAUGCUGAAUCGAGAGCUAACACAGCUAUCAGAAACAAGCAAGUCAGGAAAUCAAGUCUCAGAGUUCAUCUCCAGCACUUUUUUAGAGAAGCAGCAUGAUAUGGAGAUCAUGUCCCCCCCAACCAAGGAGAAGGAUAAGAAGAAGCAGCCCAUGUGUCAGAUCAGUGGGGUGAAGAAACCCACACACAGCUCCAGUGUUGCAGCUUCCAGCAUCCCACGCUUUGGCGUCAGCACUGACCAGGAAGAUCUGCUAGCCAAGGAAUUGGAGGAGUUUGACAGAUGGGGUGUGGAUAUUUUCAAGAUAUCAGAGUAUUCUCGCAACCGACCAUUAACAGUAGCAAUGUACACAAUCUUCCAGGAAAGAGACCUGCUGAAAUCCUUUAAAAUUCCCAUCGACACAUUCAUUACCUACAUGAUGGCAUUGGAGGAGAACUACCACUCCGAUGUUGCAUACCAUAAUAACUUGCAUGCAGCUGACGUGGUUCAGUCCACCCAUGUCCUCCUGUCCACCCCUGCCCUGGAGGCUGUAUUCACUGACCUUGAGAUCUUGGCUGCAAUGUUUGCCAGUGCAAUACAUGAUGUGGACCACCCUGGAGUGUCCAAUCAGUUCCUCAUCAACACAAACUCAGAGUUGGCUCUCAUGUACAACGAUUCCUCUGUUCUGGAAAACCACCACCUGGCUGUUGGCUUCAAACUGCUGCAGGAAGAAAACUGUGACAUUUUCCAGAACUUGACCAAGAAACAGAGACAAUCGCUACGCAAAAUGGUCAUUGACAUGGUCCUAGCCACAGAUAUGUCAAAACAUAUGAACCUGUUAGCAGAUCUCAAGACCAUGGUAGAGACCAAGAAGGUGACAAGUCUGGGUGUGUUACUGUUGGACAACUAUUCUGAUCGCAUACAGGUUCUUCAGAACAUGGUUCAUUGUGCUGACCUGAGCAACCCAACAAAGCCCCUGGAGCUCUACCGACAGUGGACAGAUCGCAUCAUGGUGGAGUUUUUUACUCAGGGGGACCGAGAGAGAGACAAGGGCAUGGAGAUCAGCCCCAUGUGUGACAAACACAAUGCUUCCAUUGAGAAAUCACAGGUGGGCUUCAUUGAUUACAUAGUGCACCCACUAUGGGAGACCUGGGCGGAUCUGGUUCAUCCUGAUGCCCAGGAUAUUCUUGACACAUUGGAGGAUAAUCGUGAGUGGUACCAGAGCAUGAUCCCUCACAGUCCCACUGCCACCCCAGAGGAGAAGAGCAGUGUAGCCGGACUGGGAGCAGUGGGUGGAGGCAUUGCCUCAGCAGGGGAGAAAUUUCAGUUUGAACUGACCUUGGAGGAGGAAGGGGAGUCUGAUGUUGAGAGUCCCGAGGAUGAAGAGUUUAGUGCCACAGCACAGGAUUCCUCCAGGACAGAUGCAUCUUUAGCUCCCCGCACACAGCACUCUAACCUGACUGCUCGGAUCCCUAGCUGCAGGACAUUGUCCUUUGAGAUGAGCGAGCUACCGGACAGUGAAGAUGAAGACCAAGAAGGGAAAAGUGUGUCGUGUCUGAGACUGGGAACAUAACACCAGUACACUUUGUUAGCUUUGUUUUUAUUUUAUUUUUUCAUAACUCUUCCAGACCCACCUCCUUGUCCCUCUCCAUCCCAUUCUUAGCUUCCUAGGGCAGAGGCAACGCAGAGCAGGUGACCAACGGAGGGGUAGGAAAGCUUUUACAGGACAUGUUUUUAUGCAGUAGUCACCUUGCACUGGAGAGAGCUCUUACUCAGUCUGUAAAAACAUUAAGUUUUCUUAGAACAUGUUUUUGAAAUUCUCAGUCUGGUGACUUCAGGAUGCUGUCAGACUAUACUGUAUAAUGCAGUCUAAACCGCAGCAUAAAACUGCCUUUGUUAUGGACUGAGAGGAAAUAUACUUACUAUAAGUUUCAUCCUGUGACAUCUGAGGUUUAAAUUAAUGAACAAGGUGAACUUUUGAGAGUUUAUUCCAGUUGUCCAAAAAUAUUGAUUGAUAAAUAGGACAUUUGUAUGUUUUUAUGUGAGAAGUAUAUGUGCACUAAAAUGUUUUUUUAAUAGAUACACUGUUGACUUAAAGCUGGUCUACAUACCUGAAAAAAAAACGAACUAACCUUAACAUAACAGGACAGCUCAGGAUACAAAUAAAUGAUUGCUUUCAUGUAGCAAAGACACUGAGGGUACCUAUAUAGUGACCGCCGUCUUCCUGGGAUUCCUAUGAAAUCUUUAGACUGAAGUCGAGCCAAGAGUGUGAUCUUUUUAUUUAUUUUAAUGUGGCGUCACCUAGUGCUUAAUAGUGGAACUACGUCCACAUUUACACCAACUGAAAACUGUGGCUCUGUAUUAUGUAAGAUAGUACUUUAGAAAUAUCUUUGUCAUUGCCAAACAUCGCUCUAUCAGUAAGGGCUGGAGUCUUUAUUAACUCAAAGUGCGGAAGACUGGAAUUCACCAUGGUCUGCAGGGUAACCAGAAUGUGUACACGCCCUGUACCAUUUGCUGUUUUGUCUAUUUAAGACUGGGCUUUGAAACCCAUGUAGAAAGUGAUCAGUGUCCUUAAACCGCAUGUGUACUUUCUCUCUGUUUCUGUGCUGGCCACACUGAAAAUAUGAGCCACUGGGGUGUAUUAACAUCUUUUCAAAGGUAUGAUAUCUAUAAAAGUGAACAGUUUUGUUAUAAAACGAGAGCUGUGCCACUGCAAGAUGCACAGUUCAUGCCUAAUUUAGUGUUUAACACAUAAAGCCAAAGUUUGUUUUCUGUGCCAGACCUUUUUUGUUGUUUCGUUUUUGCCGAUUGAUCGAUGCUCUGCUCUUCCCAGGGACACAGCCAAUGACAGUACAAGUGCCAAGUAAGCAUAAUCCAUGCUCUACUGUAAUUUCCAUUUUGCCACUGGCGAAUUUCCAUCAAUGACAUCUACUACUGUCAGUAGCAUACCAAUUUGAUCAUUUUGUUCUUUCUUUCUUUCUUCACAAACUCUCAUUUUGUCAAGCUGAAACAUUUUCACAAAGAUUGUUCAUGAUUAAUAACAGGUGUCAAAAGUCUUUCUGACUAUUGUAAGUCACAGACAUUUGUGUGUCCUUUUUAUACCAUGGUAUGAAUUUUAAUAUUGGAUACAACAGAUCUUUAUAUUUCUCCUAAAUAUAAAUGGAUUACAGUAAAUGGGGCUUUUAAUUACGGGCUUUAUUUUUAUCUUAAUUUCAGUUUGUGCUUGUUACAGCAAAGUCUCAUGUGUUGAAAGAAAUGGCAGGUGGCCAUGAAAGGUUUUUACUAACUUAUUCACAUGACACACCUCUGUUUUGGUCUUUUUCUGUUGCAGAUCUGACUAUUCCAACAGUAUUGUUUACCACUAUAACACUGUUACUAAUGUUCCUGUGAUUGUUUUCCUGUUCCCAAUGCCAAUAAAGGAAAAAUAUGAGUAUACUGGA